AGCUCCGAGUCAUUUUGCGUUCGGUGUUGUUUUAAUUUUGCUCCAGAUCGGCGUAAAAUUUGGGCCAUCAUCGUUUUGUAAAAUGGACGAAAUGAGCGUUACGUUGCCCGAAAAGGAACAAUGUGAAGUGGACACAAAGCCAUUGAUCGGUCAAGGUUCAGUGAACCUAGAUGAGUUGGAUGUUGAAGAUCUUUAUACCAAGUAUAAGAAACUGCAACGCAUGCUUGAGUUUUUAGAGGUUCAAGAAGAAUAUAUUAAGGAUGAACAAAGGAAUCUAAAAAAGGAAUAUUUACAUGCUCAAGAAGAAGUAAAACGAAUACAAAGUGUACCAUUGGUGAUUGGACAAUUUUUAGAAGCAGUGGAUCAAAACACUGGAAUUGUCGGGUCAACAACGGGUUCGAAUUAUUAUGUGCGCAUUUUGUCAACAAUCGACAGAGAAUUGUUGAAACCCUCAGCCAGUGUCGCUCUUCACAAACACAGUAAUGCUCUUGUGGAUGUCCUACCUCCAGAGGCAGAUUCAAGUAUAUCUAUGCUGCAAGCAGAUGAAAAGCCCGACAUUUCCUACACCGACAUUGGAGGUAUGGACAUGCAAAAGCAAGAAAUCAGGGAAGCAGUAGAAUUACCGCUCACUCACUUUGAACUUUACAAACAAAUUGGUAUUGACCCACCAAGGGGUGUACUGAUGUAUGGACCACCUGGAUGUGGCAAAACUAUGCUCGCCAAGGCUGUCGCGAGACACACUACUGCUGCUUUCAUUCGCGUUGUCGGUUCUGAGUUUGUACAAAAAUACCUUGGGGAAGGUCCGAGGAUGGUGAGAGAUGUCUUUCGCCUAGCAAAAGAAAAUUCUCCAGCUAUCAUUUUCGUUGAUGAAAUCGAUGCAAUAGCCACAAAGCGUUUCGACGCACAAACCGGAGCCGACAGAGAAGUGCAACGUAUUUUAUUGGAAUUGCUGAACCAAAUGGAUGGCUUUGAUCAAACAACCAAUGUCAAAGUCAUCAUGGCUACCAACAGAGCUGACACCCUUGAUCCCGCACUACUUCGACCUGGUCGUUUGGAUCGUAAAAUUGAGUUCCCAUUACCCGAUCGUCGUCAAAAGCGAUUAAUUUUUUCGACGAUCACCACGAAAAUGAAUUUAAGCGAGGAAGUUGACCUCGAGGACUACGUAGCCAGGCCAGACAGAAUUUCCGGUGCUGACAUUAACGCGAUCUGUCAAGAAGCAGGUAUGCACGCUGUGCGCGAAAAUCGCUACAUCGUCCUCGCCAAAGACAUGGAAAAAGGCUACAAGAAUAACAUUAAAAAGGAUGAGUCUGAACACGAAUUUUACAAGUAAAUUUAAUUGUCCUAGUAAGCUGAAACGAGCGCGUUCAUUUUAUUUAAAAUGUAUUUACAGUUUAUAACAAUUUAGUAUUA